AUGGCAGAACCACAAGAACCAUAUCCAGGCGCAGACCGCAUCCGCUCACUAACAGACCAAGACGCAAUCUUCAACGCCUUCGACGCCUACCCCUGGACCAAAGACUCUGCCUUUCUCUCCGGCCUCCGCGCCAUCCUCGGCGCCCCAAACUCCUCCAACCCGCAAGGCUCCCUCCGCGACAUCGCCACCCACGCCCGCAUCUUCUACUACGCCCAGCGCAUCGGCGUCCAGAUCGACUUUUCCGCCUACCACGCCUGGCUCGCCCGGAACCCGGACCGCCAGCCCCCGCACAUCAUCCCCGAGGAAUACGAGCAGCCGUCAUCAUCCUCUCCGUCGUCUUCUUCCGCAACACCAUGGCAGCAGGCCGCCCCCAAGGCAGAUCUCUACGUCGACCGAAGCGCCCAAUCCCACUCCGGCGAGGGGGAACCGUCCUACCCCCUUGGUUUCGCCGAGAUGAUCAAGCUCCUCCAGGAGGGCAAGCCGAUUCCCGGCAUCAGACAGAUCCCCAACACUAUUGAACGAGAUCCUACGGUGAAGCCUGUUGGAUCACGGGCCGUUCCUAGAAAGCCUUGGGAAAAGGAGACAUCUGCAAAUGUCGAGGCGGGUGCUGGUGGUGUUGAGAAUACGCUUGAUCUCGAGUUCCCCCCGGUGGAGCAACAGAACGCAGCGGCAGCGGCAACAGGAUCUUCAUGA